AUGGUGAUGGAAAUCUUGAAAGAUAAUCCAUAUGCUAUAUUCCUUCGUUCAUUGAGAGAUCUUGAAUCAUUCAAAGAUAUCCGUGUUUGUAUUGCUACAAAUACCAAGCUUGAUCAACGGGUCUAUAAUACACCAACAUCCAAUGAAGUUGCUGCCAUAUGGAUUGAAGGGAAUAAUUCAAAUGUUCCAUUUGAAAGGGAGAUUGUGAUUCAUGAACACUCUGGUCAAAGACAUUAUGUGAAGCAUUAUUAUGGUUGCUAUGAUCCAUUGCAAUACCCGCUUUUAUUUCCAAAAGGUGAAUCCGGAUGGCAUCAAAAUAUCAUGAAAAUUGAUUGCUCCAUCUCCAAACAAAACAAUAAUUCAAGUCAAUUUCGAUUCUCAUCGGUACAUGAACUAUUACAACAAGAACAGACAGGUGUCACUAUGCCAAAACAAUCUCAUGUUUCAUGCAGAGAAUAUUAUUGCUACAAGUUACAAAUAAGAGAAUCAGAAUCAUCUGUGUUUUUGCUUGCUGGAAGAUUGUUACAACAAUUUGUAGUAGACAUGUAUAUCAAACUUGAGACAACUAGACUUGAUUACUUUCGGAACAAACAAUCUGAAAUAAGAGCUGAAGUGUAUCAAGGAAUAGUGGAUAGUCUAACCACCGGUGAAACUCGAGGUGAUCAAGUUGGGCAAAGGGUUAUCUUACCCGCAUCUUUCAUUGGAGGACCAAGAGACAUGCGGCGUCGGUAUAUGGAUGCAAUGGCUUUGGUUCAGAGGUUUGGUAAACCAGAUAUUUUUAUUACGAUGACUUGUAAUCCAGAUUGGAAAGAAAUAAAAGACGAACUUCUAAUGGGACAAGUUGCUCAAGACAGACCUGAUUUGACAUCGCGCGUAUUCCGUUCAAAACUUGAAGACCUAAAAGAUCAACUCUUCAAAAAGAAUGUCUUUGGAAGAGUUGGAGCGCAUGUGUACGUGAUCGAAUUUCAAAAAAGAGGGCUUCCACAUGCUCAUAUCUUGGUUAUAUUGAAAGAAGAUUGCAAAAUCUUAACUCCUGACCAGUUCAAUAAAUAUAUUUCAGCAGAAAUCUUAGAUGUAUCUACUCAUCCAAGACUUCAUGAAAUGGUUGUCAAACAUAUGAUGCAUGCGCAUGGACAACCCUUGCAUGGUUAA